CCAUCUUUCUUCUCAAACAACAAUUCCUAAUAACCAAACACUAUCUCAAAUCUUGAAACUCAAGAAACAACAAUGUCAGAGAUCGCCGGAGACUCUUCAUCAUCUGAAGAGACAAUCAAUAAACCAAACCGAAAAAGGAAUGUUUCCGGCGAACUUGACGUCUUUGAAGCCACUCGAUAUUUCUCCGACUUCAACGAACCAACUACGAUCGAGUAUUCAAGAAUCCAAAUUCAGAAACAAAGCAUUGUGACAGAGAAUCGACAGAAGAGAGUACACCCCGAGACGGAGGAGCAGCUCCCGAAACCUAGAGUCGUCGUCACAAAGCCGCAGAAGGAGAUGACAAGUGGCGGCGGUAGGAAGCUAACCAGUUUCUUGAACUCUCUUCUUCGCUCAGCGGGUCUUAUGAAGUCAAAGUUGAAGUCAACGACGGAGGUAGAGACUCCACGAGGAGAAAGGAUAAGGAGGAAGAGCUGCGUGGUGACGACACACGUGGAAGCUUCUUCGCCGGUUUCAGGUUCUGGCGUGUGGCGUUUAAACGCGCGUAGGAGAAGCUUCGAUGAGAAACACGUGAAAUAUUUAAAGAAGAGUGAUCAGAAGCUAAACGUAAGGCUUUAUGAGAGCCUCUGUUCAGUCGAAAGGGUUGAGUGUAAAGAUCCAAAUGCAGGAGAUGAGAAUGAUACUAAUGGUGGAUACGAGAGUGAUUCAAGGUGAAUUUGGGUGGAAGCACUCGUGGGAUAUCUUAUUUUGAAACUUAAGUCAAUUGGGAAUCUACUAAUAGUCAACAUUUAACACAGCAGAGAAGUUGCAACUCUAUUCUUAAAACCCUAACAACUCAACUGCAUCAACAACUCCGUUUUCUGAAAGACUGAAACCCUAACAAUCAUCUUGUCACCCUACCAUGCAAUUUCUAUAUGGUGAACAAAAGCUGAUGGGCCGCCUCCCCAAAUCAUAUAUCUUCAUUCCCCAAUCCCAACUGCUAAUACGCAAUUAGUAGUCGUAACAGUUUCUUAUAUUCCUAAAAGUUGUCAGAGCAUGUUGUAAAAAGCACUUGUUAUGAAAUAAACGCAGCUUUAGAGCAUGUUGACAGAAAAGUUGAAGAAUGAAACGUAUGGAUGUG